CCUCUCCACUAGUAUAAAGACGGAGUGGCGUUCUACGCAGUCAGAACGCCUUUGGAGCUCGAAUCUUCAACUUCGGACAACAGAGGCAGAAGUGCUUGUUAAAAAAAAAAAAAAAACAGAACCAAACAUGCGUGAAUGCAUUUCAAUGCACGUCGGCCAAGCCGGCGCCCAGAUGGGCAAUGCAUGCUGGGAGCUGUACUGCUUGGAACAUGGAAUCCAGCCGGAUGGUCGGAUGCCCAGUGAUAAGACUAUUGGAGGAGGAGAUGACUCCUUUAACACCUUCUUCAGUGAAACUGGAGCUGGCAAACAUGUUCCCAGAGCCAUCUUUGUGGACCUGGAGCCUACAGUAAUUGAUGAGGUCCGUACAGGAACUUAUCGGCAGCUCUUCCACCCAGAGCAGCUGAUCACCGGUAAAGAAGAUGCAGCCAACAAUUACGCCCGUGGUCACUACACUGUGGGGAAGGAGAUCAUCGAUCUGGUGCUGGACAGGACUCGCAAACUGGCGGAUCAGUGCACUGGGCUGCAGGGCUUCCUGAUCUUCCACUCAUUUGGAGGAGGAACCGGCUCCGGCUUCACCUCUCUGCUGAUGGAGCGCCUCUCUGUCGACUACGGCAAGAAGUCCAAGCUUGAGUUUGCCGUGUAUCCGGCGCCCCAGGUGUCCACCGCAGUGGUAGAGCCCUACAACUCUAUCCUGACCACUCACACCACCCUAGAGCACUCCGACUGCGCCUUCAUGGUGGACAACGAGGCCAUCUAUGACAUCUGCCGCAGAAACUUGGACAUUGAGCGUCCUACCUACACCAACCUGAACAGGCUGAUAGGGCAGAUUGUGUCCUCCAUCACUGCCUCCUUGCGCUUCGACGGUGCCCUGAAUGUAGACCUGACAGAGUUUCAGACCAAUCUGGUUCCUUAUCCACGUAUACACUUUCCUCUUGCCACCUACGCCCCUGUGAUCUCUGCAGAAAAGGCAUACCACGAGCAGUUAUCAGUGGCAGACAUCACAAAUGCCUGCUUUGAGCCAGCCAACCAGAUGGUGAAGUGUGAUCCUCGCCACGGCAAGUACAUGGCCUGCUGUCUGCUGUACCGUGGCGAUGUGGUACCAAAAGACGUCAACUCUGCCAUCGCCAGCAUCAAGACCAGACGCAGCAUCCAGUUCGUGGAUUGGUGUCCCACAGGCUUUAAAGUGGGCAUCAACUACCAGCCCCCUACCGUGGUUCCUGGAGGAGACCUGGCCAAGGUGCAGAGGGCAGUCUGCAUGCUUAGCAACACCACCGCCAUCGCUGAGGCCUGGGCCCGCCUGGACCACAAGUUUGACCUCAUGUAUGCCAAGAGGGCCUUCGUCCACUGGUAUGUGGGAGAGGGCAUGGAAGAGGGGGAGUUCUCCGAAGCCAGAGAAGACAUGGCCGCUCUGGAGAAGGAUUACGAGGAGGUGGGAACCGACAGUGUUGGCGAGGAAGACGAGGGAGAAGAGUACUAGGCUUGUCCCAUUACAUGGUUAUGUUUUAUUUCUGUAACAAUAAAGUUGUUGACGCGAAAGUC